AUGAAGAUCUUCCUGCGAAUUUCUGUGGCCUCGAUCCUGCUCGCGCUUUACGGCCGUACGGAUGCGUUGAACGUCAAGAUGCCUGGAAUCAACUUCACUGCACGCAUAGGUCCAGAUUGGGCACCUGACAGCGUUAAGUGCAAGUCGGCUGACCAAAUCCAAAAGGACAUGUACGCCCUGAAGACUGUCACGGACAAGGUCCGUAUCUACUCGCUGGUAGACUGCAACCAGGCUGAAUUAGUGCUGCGAGCUGCUAAGGUCGCUGGUCUGCAAGUGCACCUUGGCAUUUGGACGACCGCGAACCACAACAAUUUGCUUCGAGAGAAGACGAAGCUGGGCGACCUCAUCGACAUGGGUCUGUACGACGACCGCGUCAUUGGGCUGCACGUCGGCAGUGAGGCCAUGUACCGCGAAGAGAUCAAGGUUGACGUCGCCAUCAGCUACAUGAACGAGAUUCGUGAUUUCCUCCGUAGUCGCGGAAAGAACACACUUGUCACGAUCACGGAUGUCAUUGACAUUUACAACGAAAACCCUCAGCUUGUUGACGCAGUGGAUUACGUUUCGGUGAACCAGUUCGCCUUCUGGGAGCAAGCGGACGUAAACGAGGGUGCUGCUAUAUCUCUGGACCGCCUCAGAAACCUGCGCAUCCUAGCUGCCAAAAAGAACAAGAAGGUUAUCGUGUCUGAGGUAGGCUGGAGCUCGGGGGGCUACGACCGUGCUGCUGGUAUCACGUCCCCUGAGAACCAGGCCAAGUUCUUCUCGGACUAUUUCCAGAUGGCUCGCUCGCGCAACCUUGAGUACUACUGGUACGUUGCGUUCGACUCCAAGUGGCGUGUGACGGACGGUGACAAGGAGGUCGAGGCCGACUUUGGCGUGUUCAACGAGGACGACACGAUGAAGAGCAACUUUCAGCAGUUGAACAUUGGAUGGAGAGAACCUCGUGCUAUUCGCAAUGCUGGUACGCAGCUACUGCUUUCGGAGAAUGGAGGGAACGUGUACAUGUCGGGUAAAUCGAGCGAUUGGCUGGUGCAGGAGCAGCAAGUGUGGUUCUUCGACUCUGCUACGCAGCAGGUGCGCUCGAAGAGCAGCGAUCGCUGUUUGGACGCAUACCAGGGGUGGGACGCUGGCAUCGUGCAUGUGUUCCGCUGCAUGGACCAAGAGGUCAACCAGAAGUGGGUGUUUGACAGUGCCACUGGCCAGCUGAAGCACGUGAAGCACCAGGGCUUCUGCCUUGACACGGACCCCGCGCAAGGCAACAAGGUGCAGCUGUAUGGUUGCUCGGCCAACAACGCCAACCAGAAGUGGAGCGCUAUUGACCCCGCUACCAUCUAA